AUGACAGACUCAAGUUCAAGUUCAACUUUAACCAAUUCAACUUCAACUGCUUCUUCAUCAAGAAACACUCUAGAUUCAAUACCAACAACAACAACAACAACACGAACAAGAACAACAAGAACAAGAACAAAUCAAACCAAUUCAAUUCCAAAUCAACAAAUCAAUUCAUUCAGACCCAAGUUAUCAGAUUUAGAUGAUGAUGAUGAUGAACCUGAACUAAAGUCAGAUUAUUAUUUAAAAUCAGACGAUCUUCAAUCGAAUUAUAAUCCUAAAUUUAAACAAAUCACCAUCAAAGAAUGUUUACAAAGAAGAACAAGUUCACCUGAUUAUUCUUAUUCUGAAUUAAGUUAUACUAGAACAACAGAAGAUGAAGAAACCCAAGAAGAAGAAGACGAAGAAGAAGAGGAAGACGAACAUUUGAAGAGUGAAGAUUUAGAAACUGAUCAUGAAGAAAGAGGUAGAGAUCGAAAAAGAAGAAAGUUAUUGAAUUGUAUUCAAGAUCAAGAUCAAUGUUGGUUAAGAAGAUCAAAGUUGAAUUGGAAGAAAUCAAAGGAUCUCUUAUCGAAUGAUGAUUUAAGAAAACCUAUCAAGCUUAAGUCUUUUAGAUUAGGUUUCUUGAAUGAGUUUAUGCUUUGGAAUGAAGAUUAUCAAGCUGGUUAUGAGUUUCCUUAUAGUCUUGGGUUUAAUCAUGCGGCUAAAAGUGGUGAAAGGGGUGGGUUAUUGGCUGUUGGUAGUGCGAUGGGAAACAUAUCAUUUUAUAAUCCUAAUGACUUCAAAUCCAUCACACCAGAAUCACCACCCAUUCAAUCAAUUCAAGCAUCACAAAAUAGUCUCUUUACAUUAAAGUUUUCACCCACAGAUCAAUUUAUUGCAACAGGUUCGGGUGGUAGGGUUUCUGAAAUCUUUGAUCUUGAAACCGGUGAAUUGGUGUCUACUUUAGAUGAUCAGAAAGGUACGGUUAAAUCAGUUGAAUUUUCAAAUCUCGAUUCGAACUUAAUCAUCACGGGUGGUAGAAGUGGGUGUAUCAAAUUAUGGGAUUUAAGAAUCAUUGGAACAUCUGAAAAUCAAAGUGUUUUUGAUUCUCCAAUUUAUUCGCCUGUUUUAACUAUCAAAAAUGCUCAUGAUGAAAAAUUCAAAGGUAAAAAACGUAAAAAAGGUAUACAUUUACCUUCGGUGACUUCAUUAGUUUGGUCAACCCAUCUCGAUCGACAAAUCUUUUCUUCCGGUAGUGCGAAUAGUGUGAUUAAAUUAUGGGAUUUACGUUGGAAAACUCCAUAUAGUUCUAAAGUUCAUCCGAUUCCAAUUGAAGAAUCAUAUGAUUUCAGUUUAUUGAACCUUAAAUCGAAUUCCAUCAAAAGAGCUCAUGGGAUUAGUUCUUUAAUUUCAUCGAAUGAUGGAGCUAGACUUUAUUCUUUAUCUACUGAUAGUAUUAUUAGAACUCAUGAUACAUUAAAUUUAUCUAGAGAUACGAAUUCUUCAUUACCAUCUUAUUCAAAUCUAGAUUUAAUUGGAAGAUCAUUAUAUUUAAAAUUAACGAUCUCUUCUGACGAUCAAUCUUUAGCUUGUGGUUCUUCUAAUGGUAAAGUUUUAAUUUGGAAUUUAAAUCGACAUCAAGAAGAUGAUCAAGAUGAAGAUGGAGUUCAGGUUUUAGAUGAUCAUGCUCAUUUGAAAGAGAUUUGUGGAAUUGAUUUUUGGAAGGAUGGGUUGGUUAGUUGUGCUGAUGAUGGAAUGAUUAAGGUUUGGAAAAAGAUAUGA